GUUACUUUUAUUUCCCUUCCAAAUUCCCCCUAUGAUAAACUCCUAAAUAUCGUUGUUAAAGCAGAAUACAAGAAGAAGAAGAGUACAUAGUGCGCAAGAUAAAAAUGGUGAUGUGGGUAUUCGGGUACGGAUCUUUAAUCUGGAAAGCCGGGUUUGAAUAUGACGAGCGGGUUGUGGGUUUCAUAAAAGACUAUCGACGUGUUUUCUAUCAAGGAAGUACUGAUCACAGAGGCACUCCUGAAUACCCUGGAAGAACUGUUACUUUGGAACCUGCUCCUGGCCAUAUCUGUUGGGGUGCUGCCUACAAGGUGUCGAGGAAGGAAGAUCAAGAAGUGGCAUUAACGUAUCUAGAAGUAAGGGAGAAGCAAUAUGACAAGAAGGCAUAUGUUGAUUUCUUCACAGAUGUGACGGCUUCAUCACCAGCUAUAACCGGGGUAAUGUUAUAUAUAGGGUCACCAGACAAGAGUAACAGCAACUACUUGGGUCCGGCUUCGGUAGAAGAGAUUGCCAAGCAGAUUGUUCAUGCAGAAGGGCCCUCUGGACCCAACAAAGACUACCUUUUCAACCUUGAAAAGACACUAUUAGAUAUGGGAUGCAAGGACGAGCAUGUUAUGAAGAUUGCAGAUGAAGCAAGGAAGUUGCUUGUAGGCGUCAAGGACUAAAUCAUUGUGGCACCCGAUUUGGAUCAUUGAUCACAUCAUUAAUUCAUAUUUAAAUCCAUUAUUGCAAAAAUGGGUACAUGAUAUUCGUUUCAAGAUGUUUAUUACAUGUAUAAUAUAAUGUACUAAUGAGUUAAAGUGGCUACCAGAACUUUAUUUUGAA